CUAGUGUGACUGUGACUGAGAAUGAUAGCCAAAAAAACCGGUUGAUUGAUGGGAACUGGGCUACUAAUAGCUAUUGGUCUACCUCUGAGGCUGAGAAAAUGCGUGCUAUAUUAAAGUAUGACUCUCCUGUCACAGCUACUUGGAUCUAUCUUCUUGGAACUAAUGAAAAUGAUAACAAGCAAAGUAAAAUUCGCAUGUAUUACCAAGGUCCUGGAGAUAAUAACUGGCAGAAAGGGCCAAAUCAAGAGCAAACACUUGAGAAAUCUAGCUGGACAGAAUUCAAAGGACCUAGUCUUCCUGUUCAAACUCUGAUAUUCUACCAACGUGAAGAAAGAGAAUUAAAAAUCGCAGAGAUUCUUGUUGUAACAACUGAAUCUGGAUGUAUGGCCGACAAUGGGGACCAGUGCAUCUUUCCAUUUAGAAGACCUAGUGAUGGUACAAUUGUGACAGACAACACAUGCUUCAACGGUGGAUGUGCCAUCAGACUAACUGAUAAGGCCAGGAUGAAGGAGGCAGGGGCAUGCAUGCCAGGCUGCCUAGGAACUAAGGACUGUCCAGACAGUGUCACCCUUGGUCAACAUAUGACAUCAAAUUUCUCACCUGCAGUAAGAAGUGCAGCCAAUACAUUUGAGGCUAAAUGUGAAGAUGGCCAUGCUUUCUUUCAUGAGGAUAAUGGUGAUUAUACAGCUCACACAACACUAAUUGGAACUUGCACUUAUGAUAUUGAUACUUUUGAUAUGGCUUGGAAGUAUGAAUAUGGAUCAACUUUAGGAGACUGUGUUGAGUAUUGUAGUGAAACUCUUCCAUCCAACCCAAGAGAUGCAUAUUCUAAUGAUUUAAAUGGAUAUACUAUCGUGGGAAAAAUUAAGACUUACACUUGUAAAACUGGAUAUGAGUUCAAAACUGCAAUUCCUACAAACUCUGGGUCUCAAGAUCCAGUGUUGACAAGUGAAGUAAAAGCAACCUGUACAAGUUCAGCAAGUGAUGUUCCGAAAUGGAUUUUUGAUUACUCUCUUCCAACAUCUUGCGAAAAAAUAGUGUGUCCACACCCUGGAACUCUAGUUGUUUCUGAUGGUAUUGCUACUUUAGUCUCUAAUGAUACAACAGUGUACUAUAGAGAUCAAGUUAGUUGGAAAUGCUUAGACCGGAGAUUCAAUCUCAAAAAACAGAACAGUGGGAGCCAGUCCUCAUCCACCAAAACUUUUGAUUGUAAUUCAGAUAAAACAUAUUCUGAAGACAUUAAAGAUUACAGAUGUGAAGCAAAAUACUGUGAUAAUCCAUUAAAACCAGAUGAUGGUCUUAAUUUCACUUAUAACUGGGAUGGUAAUCUUGUAAAUAUUGGGAGUAAGUUUGAGUACACAUGUAAAGGAGGCACAGCUCUUGAUGGGGAUCAUACGAAUAAAACAAGUGCAGCAAUACGCUUUAGUGUAAAUUGUAAUAGUAGUGGAGAAUUUGAAUACCCAUCACUGUUUCCACAAUGUUAUGAAAAAGUGUUGUGUGGUUCCCCACCUGAUCAACCAGUAAAUGGAACUAGAAUAUGGAUAAAAGGUUCUGAACCAGAGAUGCUUUAUGAGACCAAGAUAAAGUAUACCUGUAAACCAGGAUCUCAAUUUCUUGUAGGAAAUAACUUUAGAAAAACAAAAGUACUAGAAUGUCUAUGGAAGAAAAGUUGGGAACCUGCAACUCUUCCUGAAUGCAAAGUAACACAUUGUGUAAAACCUGCUACUCCUUUGGCAUCUCUAAACUAUAACUUUACAUGGGACAACCAAGCAGUAUUGGUUGACAACUAUUAUAUUUACUACUGUGAUUCAGAUAAAGCAUUAGAGAGUGAUACCAGAAAUAAAUCAUCAGCAUCAAAUUCUAUAAGUGUUAAGUGUAACUCCCUUGGGGACUUUGAGUAUCCAGAGAUUUGGCCACAAUGUUUUGAAACUAUAUCUUGUGGUUCUCCCCCUGAUGUUCCUAUAAAUGGAACUAGAGAGUGGGUAAAGGGAGCUGUAAAUGAAACUGUUUAUGAAACCAAGAUUAAGUACUCAUGCAAACCAGGGUCUCAGUUUAAGACCAGUAAUGGAUAUUUCAUGAACAUAUUCAUUGACUGUCACUGGAGUAAAGUCUGGUAUCCGUUACCUCUUCCACCUUGUGAAAUAACUCACUGCUUAGAGCCCCAGUCAACAUUUCCCUCUUUAAACUUUAAUUACACAUGGGAUAAUGAGUUAGUUCCUGUUGGGAACAACAUAACCUAUGAAUGUAAAUCAAAUAUGGUAUUAGAGCAGAACACAACCCUUAAGUUGGAGUCCAUAGAUUUCAUACAGGUAGGAUGUGGUGCGGACGGAAACUUUGCUUAUCCCUCUCCCUGGCCCCAAUGUUCUGAAACUAUUUCUUGUGGAGCUCCACCUUCUGUACCUGUAAAUGGUUCCAGGACAUGGAUAAACGGAUCUGAUCAAGAUGAUAAAUAUGAUACACAUAUUACAUAUAAAUGUGUCCAGGGAUCUAUGUUUGAUACAAAUAAUGAUGGUGUAGGUGACAGUGUAAAUGUUACAAUUAACUGUGAAUGGAGAAAAACCUGGAGUCCAUGGCCUAAGUUACCAAAAUGUGUAAUCACCCACUGUAUUGAUCCUCUUCCAAUGCCAGAAGAUUCAAAUCUAGAAGAAUUAAAUUCAGGCUGGGUACCAAUAAAUGGAAAAAAAUGGUAUCAAUGUAAAGGCAAAAAACCUGAUGGUAAUCACACAAAAUUCUUUGAAUCUGAUCGAAACAAAACUUCUUUCUCAAUGCUGUGUAAACCUGAUGGUAAUUAUGACUUUAUCAAUAUAAGAAAAAACUGGCCAACUUGUUUAAGUAAUGUGAAUUGUGGCCAACCACCCAAUGUAACAAAUGGAGGAUCAAGAACUUGGUUGAAUGGUAUUGAGCUCAAAGAUACCUAUGCCACACAAGUAAAAUAUCAAUGUGUGAAAGGAUCACAGUUUGACACAAAUGGGGAUCUUGAAGGAGACAGUGAGUCUAUUACAACAGUGUGUAGAUGGAAUAAGAAUUGGAGUCCCUGGUCAACUCUGCCACAAUGUUAUAUAACCCAUUGUGUAGAUCCAUUUUAUAUACCGUUAUACACAUCUUUAGAAGAAUCUACAUCUGAAUUCCCAAGAAUAAACUCAAACAAAGAAUACAGAUGUUCAAAGAGAAGUAGUAAUGGAGUGCAUACAAAGUUUUUUCUACAUGAUCGCUCUAAAUCCUCAUUUAGCAUGCCAUGUUUACCAAACGGAACAUUUGGGUUCUUAAAUAAAACUGAAAAUUGGCCAGUUUGUGUUGAAGAUAUUGAGUGUGAGAAGCUUCCUCCAUCUAUUCCAUCAGAUCCAGAAUAUUCUGAUCCAAAUGAUGACGGCUAUGUUGUCAUUGACAAGAUAAACUUCCCUUCAGGAGCUCUUAUUCAUACUGUCUAUAGAUCUGAUAGAAAUAAAACUGAAAUACCUAGAAACUACAUGGCAAACCUAACGUAUCACUGUGGGUCUGCAAGAAAAUUUCUAGAUCAGGAUGGAAACCAUCAUGAUAUUCAUCGAAUGACAUGUCUCUGGGACAAGAACUGGACAGCAAUCAAUGAACUUGAUCCUUGUGACUGGGUUCAGUGCUUAAAACCCCCGCAACCCCCGGCCAUGUCAAACCUAAGAAUAACAUAUUGGGAUGGGAAUCCUGUUAAUUUUGGAGAUCAAAUUACAUAUGUCUGUGAGAAAGGAUUUCAAUUUGAAGAUGAUCAAUAUCAAGAAAGUAUUAAGUAUCAAUGUCAAGAUGGGACAAGACCUGGUACAACCAGAGGUUUUUUUAACACUCCAGCAACAGAUGAUCAGUGGCCAAAAUGCACAGAAGCUACAUUCUGCCCAGUACCACCAAAUGCCCCAUUUGAGGGUUUGGUUGAAAAUUAUCCGACAAUAUUUCCUGCAAUGGUUCAAGAAUCCUGCAAUGUAGAUGGGGCUUUGGUUAACAUGAUAUGUCCUUCCUUCCUGAGUAUUCAUAUUACAUCUGGUUAUUACGGAAGAGUUAAAGGAACUAACCAGUUGUGCAAUGGAAAUACAGAUUCUGUUACUCUUCGGUCUGAUUGCUUAAAUCUUCAGGUUGUCAACACUUCUAGAACUACAUGUGUUUCCAAAUAUAACUGCACAAUAUCAGUAGAAACCUCCUUUCAAACCUGGAAAUCUCCUUGUGAUAAGAAACAAAAAAAUCAGUUAUUGUUGAAUUAUGUAUGCAUUCGCUGCCGGGAUUGGGAUGCUUCUGUCAAUGAAAAAAAUUGUGUUUACAAUUCCUUAACAUUGAAUUUAUGGAAAUCCCAUUUGGACCUAGUAAAUGUCACAAAUGAAGACAUGAAAACUAUUCUUAUAUCUGAGCUCAGCAAGCAUGUUGACAGUGGUGUUCAUUCCAUUCAGGAUCUAAGCAGCAGAGAUAUCAGUAAUGCAAAAGGGUCAUUGUGCUCUAUUGCGUUUAUGUACCUUGCCCUUACAGAUACAAUUAAAAGUAAAACUGAAAUGCAAAAUCUGUCUUAUGAUAAAAUGAAAGAGACAAUGAUUGAUGAAAUCAUGAAGAUUAAGAAUCUGAACAGUUCUAAUUAUGAUGCUAGUCAAAAUGAUGAGACUCACAUGAGAGUAUUUAAACAAGCACUUUGUGGAACUUUUACAGUCAACACAGGAUCCAAAUCCAUUGGAUCUGUUACAAAUAAUGAAAGUAGAGUUCAAAGAAAAUAUGGAGCAAAUCUCAGGUAUGAAUGUGGUCUUGCCAGAAAGUUUUUAAGCAAAGAAACCAAUAAAACAUAUGAUGAGAGAUGGAUGAGCUGUAAUUGGAACAAAAGUUGGACGCCUUCUGAUACUCUUGAUGAGUGUGUCUGGGUGCAAUGUCUUAAUCCACCUACACCUCCUGUUUUAUCUGGAUUAGUAUCUAUGUGGGAUGGAACUCCAGUAGAUUUUCAUAGCACAGUUGGAUACAGGUGCAUAAAUGACUCGUUGUUCUUUGAGCAGAACAAAGAUAUAGUUCAAUGGAAUAUGACUUGUUUACCAGGAGGUUCUUGGGAUAUACCAGAUCACUGGCCUAGUUGUUUGUCAUCAAUAAACUGUACGGAACCUCCUCAAAGGCCUCAAUCAGGAACUUGGGAAUGGAAUCACUCUUAUGAAUACCAGACUCAAAUUAUCUACACCUGUGGUCCUUUUGGAAUGUUUAAAUCACCUAGUGGAAAGCUCUAUGCUGCCACUACUGCAGUGUGUGCUUGGAAUAAAACCUGGACACCUCCAUUACUGGAUCCUUGUCAAGCAACUCAUUGCCAAGAGAUUCCUGCCCCGUCUAGGGAUACAGGUCUUGUCUACAAACCUGAUCCUAAAAACCCUCUAACAGUUUCAGGAGCCAGUCAAUAUAACCCUGAAAUUCCAGCAAAAUUACCAUUUCCCGGACCAAGCUUCUGCUCAAAGAAUACAAAGCUUAUGAUUAUUGGAAGCAUUCCGAGCACAGCAAAAUCUGUUCCCGCAAUAUCAAUUGCUGAAAGCACAGUAACUGAAGGAUUACAUGUUAAUUUAAAUCUAAAGCAAAAUAUGAUAGAAAGAUACAGUGUGAUCAAUAGAACCAAAUCUGAUGUUGCUGGUGCAAUCGGAGAUGGGACAAGUAUAGAUUUUGAUGAACCAUUUAUUCUAAACAUCAACUGUGAUCAAGAUGGCUGGAAUCUUCAAGUUAACACUGAACUUCCAUAUGAUACUGUUUUACAUACUGUCCCUUUGGAGAAUUUAACUUUGAUCACAGUAACUGGUGAUAUUGUCAUUAAUUUCAUUGGGAUUGGAGGCCAAGACUUGAGUCCUGCUCCUCCCAUUGGGUUUAAUCUAACCUAUAUUUGCCCCCCUGGAGAAGUGUUUGAUUCAGAUUGGUUAGCUACACCAUUUGUUUUGACAACAUGUCAGGAAUCUGGCUCUUUUGAUUCAGUUGAAUGGUCUGACUAUAAAUGUGUGUUACCCACAACAACAGAGUGUUAUGACUGCACUACAACAACAGGGGUAGGGGGUAGGCCCCGCUCCCCCAAACCCUCUCCACCCUCAAGCUCAAUCCAUGCCAACAUACGUAUACAUCUAGACAGAUGUUCUAGAUUACCUCUGAAUGUUCCACCCAGUGAUAUCAAAAUUUAAACCUACAGCGUUGGUCACCUAGGAUACACAAGCUGACUGUGACAAUUAGGUAAGAGGUACCGGUCAAAAGUCCAAAUUAUGACUUGAUUAAGGACCUUGGUGGAUGGUCCAUGUCAAUGCUUUAUCUAAGAAUUGAAUUUGAAAGAGUUCUGUAAGACUGUAAGUCAUUUUCCGGCGCGUAGAUAGGCGGGAGCUGCAGUCCUUUUGACCCCCCCCCUGGGCAUCCCAGGGGGGGCAGGACCCCCCCCAUCUCUUGGAUUAAUUCCUGAAUACAAAGUUCAAAGUUAAAAAAUGAGAAAAAAUUAGGUUUGUAUAAAGAAACUUUCAUGACUUUGUUCCAAAAAAAAUAACAAUCGAUGACCUUUUAAUUGACAUAAUUGACUUAUUAAAACAUUAUUUAUCUGAAUAUUAUAACUUGUAAUGAGCAUGUUCGUCCUUGAUAUAUAUAUUUAGAGUUAUUAAUCGUUUUUAUAUUUUUUUUUUGUCUAAUUAUUCUAAGUUAAUUAUGAAGGGCUGUCUAAUGUACUAUUUUUCUUGUCUAAUUAUUCUAAGUUAAUUAUGAAGGGCUGUCCAAUGUACAUGAUCAAUUGUUCUUAAAUACCUAUAAUUACAAUGAUUAACUUUGUGUAUUUUUAGAUUUACAGUUUUUGUAAAAUAUUUAAACAUUUCUUA